GUAAGUAGGCACCAAAGUAGGCAAAGUACCAUAAACAUAUAUCUAGUUACUCAAACUGCAUCCUUGGACCUUAGGCCCUUCAACUCGGAGAAGGCCAUGCAGAAGGCCAAGCACACUGUGGAAUCGGAGUACGCUGUGGUGGGCACCUGGGAAGACACGAAUAUCACUCUAACAGUACUCGAACACUAUAUACCUCGUUAUUUCGCCAAUGCCAAGGUGGCAUAUUAUCUGGGCAAGGAAGGUCUCUCGAAAAUCAAUCGCAAUAAUGUCACUCGCACUGUCAGCGAGGAGACGCGUCAGAUUCUUCGCAAGAAUCUAACAAACGAGAUCGAGUUCUAUGAAUUCUGCAAGCAACGGUUAUAUCUCCAAUAUGCCGCUCUUGGCAAUGGCAAACGCUUUGGCGACGACGAUUAUCUUCUGGUGCCGGAGCAGCACGGUGGAAACCAAAUCGAUGACGAGUAUUAGACUGUAGUUCAACAAAAUAUGAAUAAAAAUCUUAGAAAUACUUAAGCGAUUAUGAACUCUUUCUUCUUCACGUUGCCGUAUUUUUCGUUUUGGUGUUAAUGUAUGUAACUUCUUUCUUAAAGUUGGCCUUUGUCUGCAAUAUUGAGCAAUAUUCUGUUCAUUUCCGUGGAUAUAAUCUAUAAAAUGUUGUGCAAAACUUCUCUCUCAUUUUUCAAUCUUGAAGAAAUUUAUAAUUUUUAGUUGCGCCGUGGAGAUGUCUAACUAUUCAUUU